GAAAGAGCACUUACCUUGCAUUGCCCAUAAAUACCGACUCUCCACUCUAUAAUAUGCCACUGCCCCACAACCACACUCCACACUCUACACUCUUCACUCCUCAUCACCCAAUCAACUAAUUAAUGUAUAUGCAUAUCUCUGUUUAAUUAUAUUGAGGCUGAAGAACAUGUGGAAGGUGGUGGAAGUGGUGAAGCCGGUGGUGUUGAUGGUGAUUGUGCAGAUAGCAAAUGCAUGGGUCAAUGUUCUCUACAAGCUUGCUGUCAAUGAUGGCAUGAGCCUCAGAGUAGUUGUUGCCUACCGUUAUAUCUUCGCUACUGCUUUCAUUGCUCCUCUUGCUUAUAUUCUCGAGAGGAAGACAAGGACAAAGAUGACUUGGACCAUUCUCUUUCAGUCAUUCUUGUGCGGUUUAUUUGGGGGAGCAUUGCCACAGAACUUACAAAUGGAAGCGCUUGCUUUAACUUCUGUAACAUUUGCAACCGCCAUAUCCAACCUAGUUCCGGCCAUCACCUUCAUCUUGUCCCUUUCCUUCGGAAUGGAGAGAUUGAAUUUGAAAAAAGCAGCAGGGAAGGCAAAGAUAAUAGGAACAAUGACUGGAAUUGGCGGGGCAAUGUUGAUGACAUUCUAUAGAGGCGUGGAAGUUAAGAUGCUAUCGUUCCACAUUAAUCUCUUCAAUCAGCGAAAUGGCGGCGGUGCCGUACACUCGUCACGUGGUGGCGGAGGGUUGUUCUUGCUGGGUGCUGUGUCGUCGUUCUCCAGCAACGCGUCUUAUGCGUUAUGGCUGAUCAUUCAGGCGAAGAUGAGUAGAGCAUAUCCGUAUCCAUAUUCAAGCACUGCACUCAUGUGUGUAAUGGGAGCAAUUCUUUCUGUUACCUUCACAUUUUGUGUUGAGAGGGAUUUGACUCAGUGGAAGUUGGGUUGGAAUGUCAGGCUACUCACUGUAGCUUACGCGGGUAUAGUGGUUUCAGGAGUGAUGGUGGCUGUGAUAUCGUGGUGCGUACGGAUGAGAGGUCCCUUGUUUGUCUCUGUUUUUAGUCCUCUCAUGCUAGUGGUUGUUGCCUUUGCUGGAUCCACUAUUCUUGAUGAGAAAUUAUAUCUUGGAAGCAUAAUUGGAUCGUUGUUGAUUGUGUGCGGCUUAUACCUGGUUCUAUGGGGUAAAAGCAAAGAGAAGGUGAAGAAUCAAUUAGUGCCAUCAAAAUGCGACAAACUUGAAAUAGUGGUCAAACCUCAAGUACAUGGCAUCCAUGGAGAUGAUCAAGAUCAAGAUUCAUUCAAAAAAGGAGGUGACAUGCACCACAAUAGAGAAAAAGGAGGAGAACAACAUUAAAUAACUAAUUAAUGGAUUCUUAAUUAUGUGCCUAACAUAGCACCCCCAAAUUAAGGCAUUAUGUAUAACUUUUACAGCUUCUGCACAUAGAUGUAUACAUAGUAUUAUAAUGUGCCACUUGAUUAAUUAAUUGCUUUGCCUUCCUUUU